AUGUCUGAUACCUUGGGCCAAAUUAUCGAUGGCGCCGCCGGCACCGCGCAAGGCAGAGAGGGAACGACCGUCCAAACGUUUGUACUCUCUUUGGCUGCUGGAUUGGUGCUUUUCGCCGUCCAAUUCGGCGCGUUUUUGAUCGUGCGCAACUACUUCUGGGCUAAAAGGAUCUAUCAGCCAAGAUCUUUCUUGAUACCGUCCAAAGAGCGAGUCAAACCGCCGCCCAAUAACCCACUGAAAUGGCUGUACGGGUUGCUUUUGACCUCAAACGAUUUGGUGCUGCGGAAGGCGGGCAUGGACGGCUACUUCUUUAUUCGAUACUUGGGUCUGUGUCUAAAGAUAUUCUUUCCAAUGGCCCUCAUAAUUAUACCGAUCUUGAUACCCAUCAACUAUGUUGACGGCAAGGGCACCAAUACCAUUGAUGGGACGCGCUAUAAUGUCACCGGUAUGGACACACUUGCUUGGUCGAAUGUGUCUCCCCGGCACACGCAACGCUAUUGGGCUCACCUGGUUCUAGCCGUAGGUGUUAUUGCCUGGGUCUGUUGUCUCUUCUACUAUGAGUUGCGGCACUAUGUCGAGAAGAGGCAGCAGUAUCUCGGCAGCAGGAGCCAUCGAUUGAAAGCUUCAGCCACAACAGUACUCAUCACAGACAUACCCAAAGAUCUUUGCACGAAUGAAGCAUUGAUGAAACUAUAUGAUGAUUUUCCUGGUGGUAACGCCGAAACCGAUCUGUUACGGAAAAUCAUCAAGAAUAAUCGGAAGAAGGGCAAAGCGACCGAUGAUGUAGAUCUAGACGAAAUGACGAGGCCCAAUUCAGACUCGAGAACAGCAGACGUCAAAGACCGCUCAGACCAUGAUGAAUUACCCACAAAACCAAUCCAAGCCGCCUGUGAAGAGGACCUUCAGCACGAUCUCGCGACUAAAGCUCUAUGGACCCAGUCAGUCAAGCCCAGACAGCGGGCUACUAUGCGAAUUCCUCGUCCAGAGUACGCCUGGGCUUGCAAGGUGCCCUUAGUUGGCCGCUUCGCCUCACUGAAAGUAGACACAAUCUACUUUUGCCGGAGAGAACUUACAAGGCUAAAUCGCGAAAUCGAAACAGAAAUCGAAGAAGCCGACAACUGCUCACAGAAUGGAUCGGCUUUCAUCCAGUUCCAUACGCAGAAAGCUGCGCAUCUCGCGUGUCAAGCAGUCGCUCAUACUUUGCCGGGACGCAUGGCUGAGCGCGCCGUCGAAAUGUCGCCAGCAGACAUCAAUUGGUCGGCACUCAACUAUACACGGCGAAACAGGGCGGUGCGACUUGUCAUCUUUGUGGUUCUGUUUCUUGUGUUACUUUUCGCCUUCGGUUUGAUAUCCUUCUUCACUGGUCUGCUUUCGAGGGUGUCUACGCUAGCCGACUCCACUUCGUGGCUUCGCUGGAUUGGCGACUUGCCUCGCUGGCUGAUCUCAUUCAUACAAGGCACCGUGCCUCCGGUACUCCUGGUCAUUCUCUUGAGUGGUCCCACGCCGAUUAUUCUACGGGCAAUGACAAACAGCACGCGUGGAGCGACCACGGGCUCACGAGGCGAGCGUUCACUCCAGCUCUGGUACUUCAUCCUCCUCUUUUUCGAAGUGUUCUUCAUUCCGACAAUAUCUUCCGGCCUCACCAGCAUUGUGCAGGAGCUCAUCCACAACACGGCGUCUGUGCCUCAGAUCCUGGCCACGAACCUCCCUACAGCUGCCAACUACUACUUCUCAUUUCUCAUCCUCCAGACUCUAUCCAUCAGCUCAAGCUCGAUAUUACAGACCAUUCGUCUGCUCAACUUCUACUGUUUCGCAAAAGACAACACUCCAGACGAAGUCUUCACCAAAUUGAGCUUCACGUGGAGAACCCGAAUUGGCUCGAAUAUUCCAUGGUACACUACAUUUGCAGUCAUCGGACUCGUCUACUCGAUCAUUGCGCCACUCAUGCUACUUUUCAUGUUGAUCACAUUCAGCUUCUUCUAUGUUGUCCUCAAAAACAACAUUCUGUAUGUCAUCCGAACCGGCGAUGUUGACAGCGGCGGUGUCUGGUUGCCGAGUGCUAUCAACCAGACCUUUACCGGACUAUACUUCAUGGAGGUCUGCAUGAUUGGCCUGUUCUUCCUGGUUCGAGACGCCCAAAAUAAGGUCGCUUGCGAGGCUCAGGGCAUCAUCAUGUCCAUUGCAUUUGUACUCACCAUCAUGUAUCAACUAUGGUUGGGACUGCACUUCAACGGGCUCUUCAAAUAUGCUCCUAUCCAAUUAGUGAGCGAGCCAUUGCUGGAGGACAAUCAAGCUGAAGCCGGAGCCGAGGGAGGGCGCCCUAGUUCAGAAGCUGGACCUCUGGAAGCCGAAUCUAUCGGCCCCGCGACUAGAACGACCACAGCAGCUACUGAAAAAGACAUGACCGUCCCAAGCAAAACGCAUGGCAUGCCAGAUGCUGUUCACCAACCUGAGGAGGCCUCUAGCCCAGUUCUCCUUACUGAAAACAGGCACCGAGGUUCCUCACAAUCGCAGUCCCUGAACACGGCAAACAUAUCCCGUCGUGGCACAGAUAUGGAAGAACAGAUCAAACACGACACCCACUCCGCCAAGCGCAUCCUCGCACGCUUGAAUCAACCCCUUGACGGUGCCAGACUCGCCGAGCUCGAAGCGCACCUCGUCCAAGCCGAAACACUCGUCAGCAGCACCAUUAUUCCCCGUAAACGCGCGGUUCAAGCGCUGAUGAUGAAGGAUCCGAUUAGCAGGAUCAUCAUGCAGCACAACGACGAUCUCGAAGCUCUCACGGAGGAAGAACGAGAUAUGCUGGUUAGUAUUGCGUUUACGCAUCCUGUUCUGCGUGCGUCUAAGCCUGGGGUGUGGAUUCCCAGGGAUGAAUUUGGGGUCAGUGACGAUGAAGUGCGGAGGACGAGGGAGUUCGGGAGAGACAUUGUCAUUGAGAACAGAGGGGCACAUUUCAAUAGGAAGCUGAAGGUGGAGGUGGAUAAGCCGCCACCGGAUAUGUCUGAGUUCGCGUUGGUGAUGGCUGAGUUGUAA